GAGCGAAAUCGAAAAGGACGGAGCGCAGUCAAACUUAGGCAACGCGUCGUGUCAGUGACAGUGUCAGUUGAUAGUUAUCAGGUGCACAACGGUGUAUAUAACAGCAACAUAAAUACAGAAAACAACAGAAAAGCACAAAAGCAGUGGCAAGGCAAGUGAAAGUGAACGUGUGUGUAGUGCUGGCAAAUGGCAAUGAAGUGUUGCAAAAUUAAGAUAUGAAGUAAUAUCGAAAAAAGCGCACAUAUGUGUUUGCUGUACAGUGUUAAAUACAUGGAUAACUGUGCAAGGCAAAAAGUGAAAGUGAAAGUGAAAGCAACGCAAUACAGGAAAGGCCAGAAAAAGCCCGAAAAAGUAGCUAACCACAAGGCUAACUGAAAUUUCAGAAAAAUUUAAGCACAAGAACGCCCGAAACUCGCUUCGCAGCACGCUCGAGUGUCCGUUCGUUUCCACUACUUCCAAUUUCGGGUGCUAAUACGUCAGGGUCCGUGGCCGCGUAUGCGUGUAUAAGUGUGUAUGCGUAUAUAUGCUUGCGUGUCAAGUAAAAUCAAUGAAAGCAAAAGUGAAAACGUGCUAUACAGCUAACUGCAACUGUGUACAUACAUAUGUGUGACGUGGGCAACACCAAGUGAGUUGCCCCGAGGCUGCCGAGCAGGACUCUUGACCAGUUGAUAGAGGUUGCCAGCAAACAGCAUCAAAGUGGCAUUUUAUCACUGCUCUGAGAUGCAAUAAUGUCGGUAAAAUGGCGGCAGAGAUUCAAAAGCAAAAAGCGCUUAAAAUCCCCGAAACAACAACAAACGGAAAUGUACAACAAAAACACCAAAACAAGCACUCAAGCACUCAGCGAGAUGCUGAACAUUGCCGGAAAUCACAGACACUGCCCCUUGGUCAGCAGUGAUAGCAACCAAAACAACAAAAGCAAUAACAAAGAAAACUCGCCGCCUUCGAAGAGCUGCCACAGCACGCACGUGCAACAGCGAGACUGCAAUCAGCGCACAUGUGAGCAACAACAUGCACUGCCACCAGAGCAGCAAUGUAAAUUGGAUGCUUUCAAGGAUUCCACAUACGCUCCGUGGCCCCGCGCUGGCCACGCUGCCCACGCUGACAGUGCGCGCAAGAACGCCGCUGCCACUAUAAAACGUGCAACUGCCACAAAGCAAAGCAACCGGACGCGCGCACACACAACAGUGUCAAUUCAACCAAAGGCAACAACAAUACCAACAACAGAAACAACUAAGAGCGCAAUUCCGAAAACAAAAGCGGCGGCGCUGAUGACGACGGUGAUGCGGGUGCUGAAGCUGGCGGUGCACACAGGCGCCGCGACUCAAGUUGCAACAAAAGCAGCCACAACCGAUGGCAGUCAUUUGAAAAGGCUGCAGUCCAGCUACUUGCCGACUUUGUACAACAGUCUGUUCGCUGGUUUUCGCUUACCAGCAAUAACAACAACAGCACCAAAAACAGCAAAACCAACAACACCAACAAUGAAAGCGAGUAGCGCUCAGCCCAUUGGCGGCGGCGCAACAACUACAAGAGCAAUCCUUAAUAUUAACACUAACCACCCCACCACUGCCCGAGCCUUUGUGCCACUACUGGCGUUGUGCUUCCUCUGCAUUGUCUCGGCAGCGACCACAACAGCGGCGACAGCCACGUCUUCCACCUUCAACACAACCACUGCCAGGACAGAUGCAACAUCGCCGCCCUUGGCGCCCGUCGUGGCAGCAGUGAUGGCCACCGCCACCGCCAAGCCGGGGGCCAGUGGCGCGCAGCAGCAAUGCACACUGUCCGAGUUCACCUGCGCGAACAUGCGCUGUGUGCCGCUCAGCAAGUACUGCAACAACAUUAACGACUGCGGCGACGGCAGCGACGAGCCACGCUUCUGCACACGCUGCAAUCGUACGUACUAUGGAGAUAUCGGCCUAACCUACUCUCUGGAGCUGUACCGACCCAAACAGGACCGGCUACCGUACGUGUGUGUACUGACUUUUACUGCCGCUGGUGGUCAACAUGGCGACGUGGUUCAGGUAACACUUGAUAGCUUCACAAUUGGACGCUUCACCUCGUAUCUGCACGACGGUUGUCCGGAUGGUUACAUGCAAAUCGCCGAGUCGGCGCGCACUCCCAUCGGUGGCAUGUGGUGCGGCACAUCCUGGGGUCCAGUGCUAUUCUACAGCGAAACCAGAUCACUAAUUUUCACUAUCAAAUUAAAUAAGCUGGCGCGGGACCAGAGCGGCUACAAUUUCGACUUUCGCAUCAGAUACAAGGUUCUGUCGAAGGACAGUUCGGUGACGCGCUAUGGCGGCAUCAAGCUCGAAGAACUACGGCAGUGGUAUAAUCGCAGCAGUUUUCAGAAUCAAAAUGCAAUCGAAGAUUUCACAAAUUCCAGCGGCGCACAUUCGGACCGCUAUGGCCAGGAUUUCAGCUUGUUCAGCGCCUAUGCCAAUAAUAAGACUUUUAUGAACUCGCUGCAGCCAGCUGUGGAAAAGGACGCACUCAACUACACGGAGCCAAAGUACUAUCUGGGCGAUCUCAUACCGGGCACAUACUGUUCACGCAUUUUCAGCGAUUGCGACAGGAAAGCGUGCCGCCUGCAAUCGCCCAACUUCCCCGGGAUUUAUCCGCGCAAUCUGACCUGCUACUACGCCGUUCGACAGCAUGAGGUGCCUCAUGGCAAACACGCAAUGAUUCUGGUGAGACAAUCGAAAGGAAAUUUAGUCUGGAUAUCCACACAAGACACAGGAAUCGGCAGCAAGCCACCGCCUAGCACUAGCGAAAAAGAUAAGAAAUUUGAGCCGCGUCUAAAAACAUGGAGUGAAUGCGAUAACGUGCAGGACCACUUGAGGCCCAAAUGGAAGUCAACGGACUACGUGACGGUUUACGAUGGCUACACAACACGUGACCCGGUCGUGUUGAAGUUUUGCGGCGGCGGACAAGCAGUGCCGGCAGCCGUGUCCAGCGGACCAGAGUUAUUGGUGGAAUUUACAACUUCACCUUUUGGUACAUUCACAGGCACAUCGUCACAAGUGUUGCCGCUCUACGGCUUUCAAUUAGACGUUGAAGUGAUUUUCGUAGAUGUCAUGAGUCCCACGUAUUCGAAGAACAAAAAACCGUGUGAGUUUUGGAUACGCGGUGCUGGACGUGGCAUACUGGAAAGCCCCAAACAUUCAUUGGCGCCGAAUACCACUUGCCUAUAUCAUUUACAAGGCAUGGGUGUGUUUAAAACUUUCGAUCAUCUGAGUUUGUCGCGCCGCACAAGUGCACAAGGUAUGAACCAACCGCUCUCACGUUUCAAGGUGUGGAUCUCGAUGAUGAAAUUCAACUUAGACCCGGAAUUCGGACAGAUGGAUGAGACAUCAGUAGGCGCGAUUGGUGUGCUGCAAACACAUGAGGAUUGUAGUGGCAUGCUGCGCAUCUGGGACGGCGCUCUACGGGAGCCGCCGGCAUGCAAAGAUCUCAACUGUGCCAGCGACGCACCUGCACAUCCGUUAGUCUCACAUUACAGUCACAACUCGACAAACGUUAUUGCGCGUUAUUGCCGUGGAACGGUACCACGCACCUGUGAUCGUUCGAAUAUCAACGAGACCUAUGCGCGACCAUGCACGAUAUCCGAAAGUUAUGUGUCAAGCAGCGAUAGCAUAACACUGGAACUCAAGAACACAGAGUCAACGGUAUUGCGUCCACUGGAAUUCAAAUUGAAGUACGAAUUCAUCGAUCUGCACCAAGACGGUCUGCCGCUUGCUGGCGGCGAGAACGAUUGUAAUCGCAAGUUCGUUAGCAGUCUUAUGGAUCGGAAAGACCCGGCAAUCUUUCGCAGCGUGCGCAAUAUAUUUCUCUUCGGGCGUGGCGGCACACGAAACUUGAAGUGCAUUUACAAGUUUGAAGGUCAACGAGGUGAGCGUAUACGCAUUAAAUUACGAAAAGUUACUACACUAAAUAGGCCCUGCAUGUCGCGGGUGGACGAGGACAUAAAUCGCUCCUUCUGUUACGGCGAUACUAAUGCACGCAUUGAGAUUUUUGAACGUCCUUAUCACGACUCGAUUUUGUUGCCGCGCGGUUGUCUAUGCAAUUCGUCGAACUCGUCACAUCUACCUGUUGAAUACACCUCAACCAGUCGGGAUCUCGAAGUUCACUUUACUGCAAUAAAUAUGACUACACUUGACGAUCCGGACGCCAUCAACUUCGAGGGCAUGUUUGAAUUCAUCAAAGGACCAGCAAGCUGCAAAGACGGCCGACGCAAGUUCGGCCCAAGCGGCACUAUCCACAUGACAUUCGGUGAUAUGGAAUGCCGCACGCGACCUUGGCUAAUAGAACCAUCCAAUGGUAACAAAUUUUUAUAUGUGCGUCUGAAAUCAAUAUUCUUGCGUAAAUACAAUCCGAAGAAAGCAUUGAAUACAACCGUGGUGGGUACCAGUUCUUAUCGUUGCGAAACGAAGGCGCGAGUUGUGCUUACAACUUCUGAAGGUUUGACAAUAACCGCGUGUCCACUGUCGCCAGAUUCAAAGGCCUAUGAGUUUGUGGAAAUUUUCAGCGCUGGCUGGAAUGAGCGCCCCAUUUACUCAAUUGCGAAUCGCUCAAAGGCCAUUAGUGUGGAGUAUCUACGCCCUGAGAAUGGCGAUUUUACAUUUAAUUGGAUGGAAUUGGUUCCUAGACCAGUAUUAAGUAUUGCAGAAGACUGUCAGUACAAGUGUUCCGAGCUCGGUGCUUGCGUCAAUGCGAGCGUUUGGUGCGACGGCAUUGUACACUGCCCUUCCGGAGACGAUGAGACUUUCCUACAAUGUUCGGCCAUUAUGAAACUGCCCACUGAGAUAUUGGCCACGUUGUGUCUCAUCAUUGUGCUGCUAUGCUGUGCGUUUGCCGCCUUCGCAUACAAACGUUUUGCUUUCCAUUGCAGGAAAAUCAAACGCAAAUUUCGCGGAUCAUCGGUGCUGCAGACACGCCUCAAAUCGUUGAGUUCUAUGGACACUGCGGUACUGGAGGAGAAGGAGGUGAUUUGCUGACAAAACGACAAUUCUGUGCGAUAUGUUGAGAUCGAUCGUGUGACCACAGUCUGACCACUUUCGAUUGCAACUUUAAAAUUCGUGCAGAAUUGUGCCCCGGAACUAUUCAAAGUGUUGCCGAAAAUGGCGGAGAUACGAGUAUUCGUUUAAAGGCGAAGCUACAAACAAACCACAAAACUAAUACGAGUAUGUGUGUACAACCCGAUUCACCUGUUUUUAUGCAUUUGAAUUUUAUUCGAAAAUUUCGUAUGUAAGUUUUUACCCAUCAACUAACAGUACAUAUUACCAUAUUACACAACUCUAGCUCUCGUCUUAACGCAAUGAUCCAAUGAUCUCUGUAAUGUUUUCAAUACAAGAAAAUGCAAAAAUAUACUUUUUUACUACUCAUUUUAAGCCGAAAAUUAAGACAAGAAUCAAACCCAGCAAAUUUUUUAUAUAAAUACGUGCAUGUGUGUGUGUACAAUGUGUAAUCCUAGUCUAGCUAUGUAAAGAUGUACUGCAAAUCACAUUUAUGAAUGUAUGUUUGUAGGCACACACGACUCUAAAUGAAGCUUUAAUCAUAAAAAUUAUGUUAAUGCGAUCAGCAAACUUAUAUACUUAAUCCGUGUAAUAAUCUUCUUGAUUUUCAAACUGAGUUAACACUUAUGUGAAGCAAGCUUUUGCCUUUACUAAGGUCGGGGUUGGACACAAUAGUCCUUACGGUUGCACCGCACCCUCAUCUAUUUAUCGUAAGGUUGAGUUUACAUCCCUCUCAUAGGAAAGGAGCGCUUCUGGCGAGUUCAAUGAAAAUCGGUAGUCGACUUUGUCAAAAACUAGCCCACUUUCUUUUGGUCUUUCUUAUAGAACGUUUAUUAAAUUGCCAAGCAGUGAUAACAAUUUUCUUUCAGUUUUGAUCAAAACCGUUUUGAUCAAUGAGCCAGAUUCAGUUUUUUUUUCAAAUACUAAAUGAUAUUUCCAUAUACUCAUGGUCAUUUUGGAAAAUUAGCCGGAAAUAUGAAAAUAGUAAAUAAAAAAAUUGUACAUGGAUGGAUUCAAAAUAUUUGUAUACCCUGAACACAUAAUAUACAGUUUGCCACGAAGCUUGUAACACCAAGUAAGGAACGCCGAAGAUCCAAUAAAAUAUAUAUGUAAAAGAUCAGCAUGACGAGCUGAGUCCAUUAGCCAUAUCCGUAUAUUUUCAUAUACGCGAAGUAUCGGUCUGAAAUUUUUCUCAUGACCUCCCAAUAGCGCAGAGCUGUAUUCAAUGUAGAACUGAAUUGUAGACGUCCCUCUUCCCUUAUUCGGAGGCUCACGUCUUCAACCUGUUGAUAAGGUAAUAUACCUGGAGCUUAGCCUUGAUAGGAAGCUUUCAUGGAGGACAAAUAUUGAGGAGAAAUUAAAGAAGGCUAUAGGCGAGCUAUAGGGAAAAGUUGGAAAAACAAAACCAAAGGUUCCCGCUAACAGCGGAGUGGAAAUGAGUCAGAUAUCCAUUUAAGUAACGAGUUAGUUAAAUUUUCAUGCACUAAAAAUUCUGAUCAAACUUGAUCAAAAGACUUUCAUAAUCUUAUCUCUAAUACUAAAGGAGUGAUCGUAGGAGUUUUUGCUAAGUAUUGUGCAAUAGGUAUUCUCCUCCAUUACCAGACUGAAGCUGAAACAUGUCGGCAGUCAUAUCUUCGGUGUACUAGGAGACGUAGCCAAAACUUACAAUGACCGCCUCAACAAAUUUGUGAUUCGCUUAAAGCGCUUUGUCGAUUUAUGAGAGUCCCCACGCUACAUUUUUAUAUGACUUCUAGGUACCGCAAAAAAAGAUUUUUCAAUAAGAGCGCUACAAAGAUUUAGAAUAUCAAUGAAAUUCUUUAUUCCAGUGAAAGUACAUUCGAUGCCAUUAUGUAUGGAACUCGAUUUCUUUUGCAUGGGUACCAGGGACACUCUUGUAGAAGUCCAGACGCUUGACGUAGCCCCACAGAAAAUAUUCUAACGGUGUCAAAUCGCACGACCAACAUAACAUGUUCACCAAAUUUUGUCCUGUUGGAAGCACAUAUUGUCCAAGUCCAUAUGAUCCAAUUCGGCCAAAAAAUAUUCUAUUACCAUUGAGCGGUAGCGAUUCCCA